UGGAGAAGGGCAGGGGACCCGCACUCACACGGGGACCCGUCCUCGCCUGCCUUGCGGCUGAGAUCAAGACCACAGCCUCCGAGGUCUGCAGCCGCCAGCCUUGCCCACGGCAGCUGCGCCUCUUUGGAUUUCUGUUUCCUCAGUUUAAACAAAAGCCUGAGGGGUGCCUGCCCAGCAGGCUGAGCCACCAAAGCUCUGGGGAUCAGGGGAGACAAAAGCCGAGGGAAGGCAGAGUGCUGACAGGGCCAGAGGCCCUCCGCCGCAGGGCUAUAAAGAGCAGGGCCGCAGAGGAAGUGGCACCAGAUGGAGACCCAGACCGUGAAGCAGGAGCUGGAAACCCUUCCACCCACCAAGAUGGCUCAACCCAACCCCAUGCCGGGGUCCGUGGGGCCAUGGAAGAUAACCAUCUAUGACCAGGAGAAUUUCCAGGGCAAGAGGAUGGAGUUCACCAGCUCCUGCCCAAAUGUCUCUGAGCGCAGUUUUGAUAAUGUCCGGUCUCUCAAGGUGGAAUGUGGCGCCUGGAUUGGUUAUGAGCAUACCAGCUUCUGUGGGCAACAGUUUAUCCUGGAGAGAGGAGAAUACCCCCGCUGGGACGCCUGGAGCGGGAGUAAUGCUUACCACAUUGAGCGCCUCAUGUCCUUCCGCCCCAUCUGUUCAGCUAAUCAUAAGGAGUCUAAGAUUACCAUCUUUGAGAAGGAAAACUUCAUCGGACGCCAAUGGGAAAUCUGUGAUGACUACCCCUCCUUGCAAGCCAUGGGUUGGCUCAACAACGAAGUUGGUUCCAUGAAGAUACAAUGUGGGGCCUGGGUCUGCUACCAGUAUCCUGGAUACCGUGGUUAUCAAUAUAUCUUGGAAUGUGACCAUCAUGGAGGAGACUAUAAACACUGGAGAGAGUGGGGUUCUCACGCCCAGACUUCCCAGAUUCAAUCGAUUCGCCGUAUCCAACAGUAGCGGAUUAGAAGCUCCAAGAGAAACCCUGCCAAGCAAUCUAGAAUGAGUUUUAUGUUAGCUGCUGAAAUCCACAA